GUGCUGACUUGGAUGCAUUGAGGCUUUCUCUGGUGGUUGAAUUUCCCUCCACAGACCAGAUGGAACUUUUGCUCCACCUGGAGCGAUACAUCCUGGCACCAUAUCCACAGUGCAUUCAGUAUUUGUGGGAGGCCCCCUUUUUGCCUCCUGGCCAAUUUGGCCAUGUUCCUAUGGUCUGCCAUUUGGCUAAGUACUGGGUGCCACCUUCACAUCAUGUUGCCAAUGGCCUGACCCCACACCAGAAACGCUGUGGACGUCUUGCCAAGCUGACUGGAGAUGCGGUCUGGCGCCAAUUUCUUGCUGGUUCUGAAGAUGCCAUUUGUGAACAGUUUCGACGGGCGCUGACCUUAGCUGAACCUGAGCUUUCCACAGUGCAUGAGUGCCGUUUACGGUCCAAGAACUUGCAGGCUGUUUUGGGCCUGCUUAUUCGAAUUGCAUCCAAACAGACCGAAAGUGAGUUCCGAAAAUGGCCCAUUUGGGCCUUCAUGCCGAAGCGAUCGACGCAAGACCCCCUGCUGAAAGUGGCAUCCCACUGUCGUGACAUUCAGUCAUUGACUCAGCGGGAAUCACUUUUGCAAGCAGAUGAUUUGGCACGGACGCUGAAUUGGGACCACCUGGCCCUCAUUCGAACUCAAAUUGCAGAAGUUCAGGCUGAUCUGGCUCGACGACGUGUCGAGACUGCCCUCUCUGGUGAGGCCCUUCUCCUUGGACCUGCACACUGCACUGGAAUCCCAUUGAAGGCUACCAUGACCUCGAGCCUCAAGCUUCCAACUGCUGCUGCCUCUGCUAGAGGCCUAGUGAUGCUGAAUGAUGCAGAUCUCAGUAACCUCCUGGCACAACCCUGGGGACAGCGUGUGCUUGGCAUGAUUGCCGAUGACCGCCUGUGCCAACUCGAGCAGGAACCGGAAGCGUGCAAGUACCUCUGCAAGUUCUGUUUCUUGUGUGGUCAGCAUGCUCACCGUAUCCAGGACAUGCACUGGCACCUCAGCACAGAACACCCACAAUAUUGGACCCACGUGCCUGCCAAAUCUAGGAUGCUGUGCAACCAAUACUGCACUGACUCACCUUGUCAAUUUUGCGGCAGUGGUUUUCGCACACACCAAUGCCCGAUCUGGGCUCAGAUGGCAAUCCUUGUUUUGCACGGUGGAGGACUGGCGACUCCAGGGCCAGUACAGAUCCAGACCCAGCUGGAGGCCAUUCACCGCUGUGAUGUCUGUUUUGAGCUGUUCAAUGACUCUGCACAACUUAUUCAACAUUUACAACGUGUUCACAAGAUUGCUGGAGUGAGUUUCAACGUUGCCAGAGACAGUUUGGAUGGACAGGCGGCAUGUGCCCACUGCGGCAAGAUCUACUCCUCACUUGAAGGACUCCGGUCCCACAUAGUGCAGGGACGAUGCCCUGAAUUCAACCCGGCAGCAGAGACAGAGACGGUACCCAUUCCCCAGGCAUGGCAUGACCUCUGCCUCCAUGGAACCAUGUUCAGUUAUUUGCAGCCACCCAUGACACGGCUCCAUUUGACCAUACGGUGCAGCCAAUGCCAGCAGGUUUACACCCGGGCUGGAGACCUGGCAAACCACCUGAUGACCAGUCAUGCCAAGUUAUGGAGGCAGGCACAAAGCCUCACUUUGGUUUUGGUGGAACUUGUGUUUGCCCGUCUGGGCUGUGUUUGCAACCCGCAAAUACAUCAGGUCCGACAAAAUCACAUUUGUCUUCCUCUGCGUCAGAUUGCCAUGAUGUACAUCAGGUUGGAACAGGUGCCCUUCAUGCCCAUUCCAGUUACGGAAGAGGUUCUGCAUCAGCUGGUCCACCCCUCAAUUCCCAGGCCAAUGCAAUUCAGGCUCACCAAACUCUUUGCUGACCGACAGUUUAGUGACAUGUGGACAGACGCAGAGGUCAAGAAGAUGCUGAGCCAUGCUUGCAUCAUGUGUGGACAGGAAGACUCGGCUAUGAAUGGCUGGGACGAGAUGGCACUGGGCGAGAUCAAAGAAACCUUUCAGUUCUUAGCGCCGAUCUUCGACAAGAGCUUGAAGCUUCCACCCAACCCCAGGGCAAUGAAACAACGCAGAACCGAGGGCAAGGCAGACCAGACCGAUCCCGAUCCACCAGGACGAGAACAACAGAAGGAGAUCCUGCAGUACCUGCGGGUCCUGGGCCAACUGGCGCUGCGACACGAGCGCAGCUUGAACUUGCUGCAAAGUACAGACUCUUUCAUACUGUACUUCCAGCAGGACAAGGCGGGCAGUCUCCAGGGCAUGCUUCAGGAAACCCAACAUUGGCAGCAGCUUCGCAAGAAGAACCCCACGGAGGUGACCAGUCCCCUCAGACAACACCUUUGUAUGUGGUUCCUGAAGGACUUGCAGACCCGGGCCAUCAAAGUCUCAGAGUGCAAAGUGGGGGACCCCCUUGCUCCAGGCCUGCAUGGACAGGAAACUGCUGCUGGAGGACAUGAGUUGGCCUUUUCUCAAAUGGGAUCCCUCCACAAAGGCCCUGAUUAUCGACAAGAAGAAGGCGGUGUCGAUGGUCAAGAUGCUCCAGCACUUGGAGGAACUGGGCGGGGACAUGUGGGAUCCGACUCUGGUAGUCAGAUUUCAGGGCCUCCCCAUGACCAACCCUCAGUCUGCAAUCCCAUGGAAGCUUCAAUUGAAUCUGAGAAGCGACAGACCCUACGAGCUGAUGGCCUCUCUGACGCAUUCCUCAAUCUGGCUGCUGGCGGGAACGACGUUGAAGCCACACGUUCCCAAACAGAGCUCCCUGGUAAGCACACUCCAGCAGCUGAUGCCGAAUGCACCAGGCAAGGGCCGUGGCAAGGGCAAAUCCAAGACCAAGUCAACCGACACAUGACCUCUGAUGAGAUCCACCGGUUGCGCUCCUUGACCGCAGUCAUGCAACUUGCCAAUGACAGCACCUGGUGUUUUGCAAACGUGACGGUGCAUUGCCUAUUCUGGGCACUCCUUUGCCAGCCCGUUGCCGACACUGAAUCUUGGGGCAAGCAUUUUGAACCACUUAUUCAAACGAUCCUUGAUAGCUGGAAUUCUCCUGUUGUUUUGGCUGACUUACAGUGGUUCAAACAAGUGCUUGACAACUGGGGCCGCCCACAAGCUCAACAAGAUUGUGGGGAAUUUGUUCACAUCAUCCUGCGUUGGAUGACCUCUCCAGUGAUUGACAUGCACUGGGAGCGCCGCUGUGAGCAAAAAGGCCGAGUGCAAUGUAUGGACCAAGGAGACACGUAUAUGCCUUUGUUUCUGCAAUUUCCUCCUGCAGUUGCCCUGGGUCCUUCAUGCAAAUUUGACCAACUUAUCCUGCACUGGUGCCAGGCUUAUGGCAUGCAAGCGGCACUCAUUAGGGCUGCACCCUUGCUUUGCCUGCACGUGGACAGACUUCAUGAGGGACUCAAUGGCCAGAUCGAGAAAAGCAGUUGUGCAAUUGACAUUGAAUCAGAACUCACCAUUCCGGUGUUUUGCAAUGCCACGUUGGAACAGGAGCAUGUCAGUUAUGUUCUCAUUGCUGCUGCCUCACAUUUGGGACAGGAUGCUGCAGGCCAUUACCAGGCCAUCCUGAAGAUACAACCUGUGGUGACACAGGAAUCCAAGCCGGCCAAAUGGCUGCUGACACAGGACAACCAACGUCCCAGUCCCAUAUGGCGUGCCCCAGACCUUUUCAUGCAGAACAUGACGAUUGCGUGGUUGGUUCGAUCAGACUGUAUUCAAAUCCCACAGUACUUUCCUGAUUUUGCCAAAGUUGAGGAAGCUGUUGCGAAUGCACAUGACACAGCACCACCAAUGGGCUACGGCCAUGAGGGUCUCAAGCGUUCGGUAAGGGCCACACCACCACGCCAACAGCAUCAGCAGCCGCGUGCAUUUGCCCCGCGGCAUCGAUUACAGGUUGGUCAUGUUAAUGUUGGUGGACUCUCGAGUGAUCGCCUUCAAGAGCUCAAACUUUGGGCAAUCGAUGCCGAGCUGGAUGUACUUCUGCUGUCUGAAACACGGUGGUGCUAUGAAAAUGACUGGAGUGAUGCCAAAUGGCACCAUAUCCAUUCCGGAACAGAAGCAGACAGAUCAGAUGGAUUGCUUUUUCUCAUCCGCACCAAUGUAUGCACAACAGCACAAAUCGGAUUUGCAUCCGUGCUGCCUGGACGCAUUGGCCACCUCAGGAUCUUUUUUCGAAAUCGUGCCUUGGACAUUGUAGGCUGCUAUCAGUAUACUGCCAACCAGGCCAAUUUUCGGAAUGGCAAACGCCAGACGUUUUGGACUCUGAUGAAUCAACAAGCCUCUGCACUGCCAAAACGAAACAGUGUGCUCUUUGUAGGUGACUUCAACUGCAGUGCACAUCACUUGCCACCAUAUACUGGCACUGACAAACACAGGUGUGUUCCUUUCGACAGCGAUUACAAUGUCGUGCAGAAUGGCAUGCCAACUCCUCGAAUUGGCAACAGUUUCACAAUGAGUUUUCACAAGUGUUUCAACAUUUCACCAGUGAUGAACAUCCAGAUGAUGAGGAGCCAUGUUAACACUGCGCCAGAUGCCAUUCAGAGUAGCAGAAUCCGAGACAAAUGGAAGCACAGAGCCGCUUUUCAGAAGCCACAAGUGACAACGCUGCGCACUAUUUUUGCUACUUGGUUUCAUGUGAGCCGUUUUCAGAAGUUGAAACGUGAUCAACAGCAGUAUGGGCGGAAACUUCAAAAACAGAAACUUCAUGCAUUGCUGGAAGAUGUUGCGCUUGCUGCGUCACGACAUGACAGUUUUGUUGUCUACCAGACAAUACAGAAGUAUACUCCCAAACAGCCCAAGAAAAGAAUCAGGCUACGUAUGCAUGAUGGAACGCCUGCCACUCCGGAUCAGGUGCUCACCAUGACCAAGGAAUACAUCCAAGAGGUAUGGCAGACUGCAUCCCAAAUUGUUCUGCCAGCAAUGCCACCGCCUGGCAUUCCUUUUACUCUUGAUGAGUUGAUAGCAGAAAUAGCCCGCACACCAGUCACGAAAUCUGUGGCCAAGACAUGUCUUCCCGGCCUUUGCUGGCGGACAAAUGCCAAUAUGGUUGGACGAUUUGUCUUUCAGAAGUUGCAAGACUGGUGGAAUCAGAGUCCUCCUUUUGUCCCGUCUCAAUGGAAAGCAGCUCAUUUGACAUUUAUCCACAAACCAGCCAAGACACCUGACCGACUCCAUCACUUGAGACCGUUGGCGUUGUUGGAGCCGGUUGGCAAAUGUGUAUUGGGUCUGAUCACAACCAAAUUUGCAGCUGAUGUACAGCCCCUCAUUUGCUCCUGGCCUCAAAUGGCCUUCAUGAAGAUGCGCUCCUCAUAUGAUGCCAUCCGCAGAGUCAUUGGGCAUUGUUGGAGAGUCCGACAACUCACACAACGCAGAAGUGUGCACCAAAGGGCCAAUAACCUCUCUAGUUCAGCAGUGCAAGGAGGGAUACAGGUCCUAUUGGACGCAAACAAAGCUUUCGACACAGCCACGACCACUUCACAGGGAGCCAGACAAAGCUCGACCCUGCGACGGCCAUCGGCCAAUCCUGAGGCUUACCCUCUGCUCACGGAGUCUAGUCUGUCUCUGUUGCUCUCCAAGCCAUUUGGUGUUGACACACUGCAUGCCAUUAGACAGAGAGAUUGGAAUGCCUUGCAACAGAUGUCCCAUGCAACAGCUGAUUUGGCCAACCACUGUGUCCUAUGCGGGGUCUACAGCAACAGACCGCAGGAGUUGAAUCUUCACCUGCGCACGCAGCAUCCACAGCUGAUGCCACACGUGAUGUCGAAGUCCAGUCAACUUUGCAGAUCUCAGGCGGCAAACUCACCGUGCAGGUUUUGCCAUAAAAGUUUCAAAAGGGUUCACCAAUGCCCAGUGAUGACUCAAGCAGCUCUGAUACUGGUCAAUGCGGACACCACUGGACAGACCUAUGCCACUCCAGGAGAUGCAGUUCUCAGAUGUGAUGUUUGUGGAGAACGAUUUCAGGCGCUUCGACAGUUGCAUGAUCAUCUUCACAGUGUUCAUCGGUUGGAACCAUUGGACUGGGACCCGCUUCGAGAUAUGGUCGACAACAAUCCAGUUUGCUCUCACUGCAUGUCUCUUUUUGCAGACAAACCUGCAGUACGCCAGCACAUCACGUUGGGACAAUGUCCAAGUUUUGACCCGUUGAGGAUUCCCAGUGAAAAUCCAGUCAGUGCUGAAUGGCAGGCCCUCCUGGCUGCUGGUCAUAUUGCUCAGUUGCGUGAGGCACCAAUGAAACGGUUGGCCCUCACUUUGCACUGCCAAUUCUGUGCCACCCGAUUUCAACGAUUCAUUUGCAGCAUCAGUGCCCUGCGCUGCUCCAAGUGGCGCUGCUGCUUAGUGACCAUGAACGCCGACAGUCUUUACUCAGCAGCAGACUCAGAGAUGCUGGAGACGUUCAAGCAGAUGGGACCACUGCUGAAUUGGGAUCGCUACGGCAGACCAGACGACGACAGAGACAACAAGAAGGCCAAGAAGAAUCCCAAGAAAGACGAUGUCAACGCAGACGCCGGCAAGAUCUUGCAGGCCAUGGGGCAGUUGCUCCUCAAAGUGGAUGCAGAGCAGCAGGCUCUGAAGCGUCAAGACUCCUGGAUUUGCUUCAUGCAAACCGAGUCCCCAGCGCUUCUGCCGUGCUUGGUGCAGAAGGCAGCCGAGUGGAAGAAACAGCUGCAGGUGAAAAUGGAGCCAACACAGGAGCGCACCCAUCUCCCACUGAGAUGCCACCUCACUCAGCACAUGGCGGAGAUUCUGAUGUUCAGGCUGCAGAAACUGAGCAACAGCGCGCAGGACGAUCCAUUGAGGCAGACGGCUUUGAGCUCUGGCCUUCUGAAUCCAGCAGGUGCUUUUCCUUUUCAACGAUGGAACCAGCACACCCAGAGCCUCCAGCCGACGAGCCAGGCCCCCAUCACCUUUCAGAGGAUGCUGAAGUACGCAGAGCAACUUCAAGAGAUCCUGAAAGAUCCCAACGUGACUGUGAAAUUUCACAGUCUCAGACCGAUGUCAACAGAGCAAGUGGUGCCCUGGCUAUGGCAAGUGUCGAUGCGAUCGGACGAGCUCCAAGUUCUUCUGAGCACGCUGCAAGGGAGUACGGUCUGGAGCCUCUUAGGCCUCACCAUCCGUCCUCACCAACUCCAUCUCAGCAAACAGGGCCAACAUCUGCAGAUGCUGCUAGGUGAUGGCCAAAUCUCCAAGUGCGAUAUCCCAGUCAAUUUUCACUGGGGUCUUGAUCUGCCGUUUUAUGAUAAUGAAGGGCUUACAAUCACCUGGAAGACGUACAGGGUCAUUGCGGCCAUUGCACACCUAGAUCCCCGGACCUCUUACAUGCCCUCCGCAGCCCGGAGUGACCCCAGAUUAAGGUGCAUUUUGCUCUUCAGCAUCAGCCAGAUGCAACGGACCGUGGUCACCAAUGUGCCUGCUUUCCCGCCUUUUUGGCUUUGCGACCUUUUGUGCCUGGAUGUGGACCCAUGCAGCAUGCUGGACUCCUCCAAUAAGACAGACAGAGAUGCCAGGGUGAGGGUUACUGUGCUUCCACUUGCACAGUUGAAGCAGAAGCAUGGACGCAAGCUUUCUGCAACGAUCCUGCAAACGGUGGACAACGGCCUCCAAUGGGCCUUGGCUCGAAUGCACUGGCUCAAAAGUCAUCCAGUUGACAUUGUCACGUUGGCUGAAACUCGUUGGUCCUUCUCUUCAACGUGGACUGAUCGAGAUUGGUGCUAUGUGCACUCUGCCACAGGUACACCACAAAGUGGAGGCCUCUUGGUGAUGAUCUCUAGACGACUGGCACAAGCAGAGCAGAUUGGCUAUGAUGCGCCUAUCGAAGGCCGCCUACUACAUGUCCGGGUCCAUUUUGAUUCCAGAGCCCUUGACAUUCUCAGUCUCUACCAAUACGUGGAUUACAAGACGGCUCUGACGUAUCAAUCCCGUGAGCAGGUAUGGGCAGCUUUGCAAGAGAAGCUACACCAGAUUCCGAGUCGAAACAACCUGGUAUGCGCAGGAGAUUUCAACUGCUCCCUUGCUUAUCACCCGCCCUGGGUGGGUGGCUCGACUUUUCCGUGGAAAGGACAACAGACUCUGGGGUCACAACAUCCAGACCAUGAAAGACUGCAGCAAAUCCUGCGUGUGCAUGGCCUCACUGCAGUCAACACCUGGAACCAGUCAGGAGUCGAUUACUCUGGAGCCAAGAGGGUCAUCGAGGACAAAUGGCAUCACAGGCAUGGCAUCAUCGCAGCCGGUAUCAAAUUUUGCAGAGGAUCCAACAACGAGAGAUUGAGAGGACCAGACGGGCAAAUUGCAGAUCAGUACAUGGCGCACUCCAUGACGGUAUCCUUCGUCCAACAAAUGUGGCAGGGCCCAGCCCGACUCCCACGAUAUACAGCUGAAGCCCCGGGCGUGCCAUUUACGGUGCAGGAAUUAGAGCAGGCUGCUGCCUUGCUGCACAGCAACAAGGCGGUGGCCAAGCCGUUCCUGCCGGCAGUCGUGUGGAAGAGUGCUCCCCAUGAAUUUGGAUUUCUUCCCCUGCGAGCAGCAACGGAUGCGAUCCUUCGGGUCUCUGCCCACAGCCGUAGCAUACGCCCUGACUGGAUCACUGAAGUGGUGACGAUUUACGCAGACGAUGUUCAUUUCGGUUGCGCCUUUCGAUCCCCCCAUGAAUUCCGGACUCACCUGAUCAAUUUGGGACAUGCAUUGGAUUGCCUGGAAAGUUUGGGUCUUUCGAUCUCCUACUCCAAAUCCUUCAUGACCUUGAGGUAUACCGGUACGAACCCACGUCCAGUGUUGAAAGGGUGCAUCCAACGAACAUCUGCAGGGACAUCCCUUCUUGUCCCAAGACAAGACGGCUCUUCGACACCAUUGCCGCUGAAGACCAAAGGACGCUAUCUGGGAGCAGUGAUCAGCUACCACUCGUUUGAAGCACAGACAUGGGCACAUCGCAAGAAAGCUGGAUGGGCUGCUUUUAACCGUGUGCGGGCCUGGCUCAGAAGUAGGCAAUUGCCAAUUGCAAAACGGCUCUAUCUCUGGCAAACUUGUGUUCAUACUGUGCUCACUUAUGGGUUGCUUUCGACACAUGUCACACUGCCUGUCAUACACGAGUACCAGGUCACGGUGUAUCAAAUGAUCCGCAUGAUCCUGGGCGACCAUCCAUAUGCAACACAACACACGCACCAGCAGGUUUUUCAGUUGUACAGCAUUGCACCACCACUCGACCUUUUGUCAAACCUGGCCAUGGGCUUGCUCCGACGCCUCCAUAGGCAGGACCAACUGUUGCAGCCUGAUGAUUUCUUACGCAGACUGGAUUGGAGCCAUCUGCAUGACGUUUUGGCACUGAUCCAAUGCAUCCGCCAAACUGCUCCGGAGGUGCCCAUCGCCUUAGAUCCGGCGGCGCCAGUGCAGACAAAGGCACCUCAACGUGGGCCACACCUGCGCUUUGCACCUGCGCCUUUGACCAGACCGAUGUUACAGCCAGACUUGGACUUCCAUGCUGCUUCACGGCCAUUUUGGCCGGACUUGCAACACAUCUUGAAUGCAGAUGACUGGACUGCCUUAGGCAACAGACAGGACGUCACAGCGUACCUUUCCAAUCAUUGUGUGUUCUGUGGCAUGUGGUGCAAUCGUUUUCAGGAACUGCAUGGACAUCACAAGCUGUACCAUCAAGCCGAGACAAGGGGAAGCGUAGCCAAAGGAGUCCAACUCUCGCACAUCUUGCAACAGACAUCCCCCUGCUCGAUGUGUGGCAAAACUUUUCAUCGGGUGCACAGCUGUCCUGUCACAUUGCAGGUUGGAGCUCUACGCCUACAGUUGAUGGAUCCAGAUGACAGACAUCAUGCUGAAAGGACAUGUGACAUCUGCAUUCAGCAAUUUGAUGAUGCCAGUCAAUUGUAUGGACAUAUGUCCCUUGAACAUGGACUCACCAUCAACGAUUGGUGCCCUGCGAGAGACUCCCAAGAGGGAAACGACAUUUGCCGUCACUGCGGCGCACAGUUCGAGAGCCGCUCAGGGCUGCGACGCCACAUAACUGAGGGGCGCUGCGGGUCAUUUGACCCGUUGGCAUCUCCCAAUCCCAUUGACACCACGGGCAAGUGGGGUGCCUGGCUCAGCACUGGAAACUUUGCAGCAUUGACAGCCCAUCAGCGUUUACAAUUGACGACAGUUUGUCAAUUCUGUGGGAUGAAGUACAUGCGCACAGGCGAUGUUGUUGCACAUCUUCUACAGUCACAUGGUGCCCUCUGGACAGCUUCCCAAAACAUGUUGAGGUUUCUGUUACAGGCAGUUAUGGCGAAACGAGGUUGCACCUGCAACCCCCAAGCUCACGAGGUGGGAUUGACUCAUGUGUGCACAUCCUUGCGGCAAAUAGCCAUGAUGCUGGCCCACACAGACACCCAGCUGUUCGUGCCGACCCAAUUCAGUGCAGCUGUGCUUUCCCCUGCCCUGGAAUGUCUCAAUCAAGCGGCCCUCACCAACAGGUUGAUCGACAUCCUGACAGGUCGCCAUUUUUCUCAGCUGUGGCAGGAUUCACAGGUUUUGCAGGGACUGCGUUCUCGAUGUGUACUCUGUGGUGGACACUAUCAGCCAGCAGCCCUGAUGCGACACCUGCUGACAAUGCAUCCCAACACCAGUGCGUGGGCAACCCAGAUUGCGUUCCAGUUGUAUAUGGUCAUGCAAUUGCUUGCUUGCUGCAUCCCCUCGAUGGACGCUCUGAUGGAUCCCAACGAUCAGGCAUUGAUGGAAGGCCUCUCAGCGUUGGGCCCUCUGCUGUUGGGGGCCCGCAAGCACCAAGAAGGAAACGAAGGAGAUUUGGCGAACAAGCGUCACAAGGCAGCCAGAGGCGACGCCCAAGCCGCCGACCUUCAAGCCAAAGAGACCAUGACCAAUCUCCUCCGCCUGAUGACACAGGUGCUGCUGAACCACGAUCGAGCCCUACAACUACAGCUCCGCCAGGAUUGCUUCGUUAUGUUCGCCCAAAGCAGAGAGGACGGCAUCCUUCCCCUGCUCACCCAGAUGGCCAAAACAUGGCGCGACCAAGCUCCCCAACAGAGGGACAACAUCAGAUGGCCAACCCUCCGAACCCACCUGAUGGGCGGCCUAGUGACCGAGCUCCAUCGCCGGGCGAAACAGGUAGCGAACAGCAAACCGGGCGAGCCUCUGUGGGACGUAGCCAUCAACAAAGGAGCUCUUCUCCCCGACGGGAGCUGGGCGUACCAGAAGUGGUCGCCGGAAUCCAAACAGUUGAUCCGAGCAGCCCAUCCACCGAUCCCCAUGGAGAGGAUGCUCCGGGAUCUACAGACGUUGGAGGACCUGCUCAAGUCCAACCGCCACGUGGUCAAGUUCCAGAGCCUGCGCAACGACCAGGAGACCAUUCCAUGGCUGCUUCAGUUGAGCCAUCGGGACUCGGACGUCUGGGAGCUGAUGCACGACCUCUGCAACAACACGAUCUGGACACUCCUGGGGAUGUCGGUGAAACAGCACAAUCAGGUGCUCUCAAAACCGGCCUUGCAGCUUCAGGCUAAUGACACUCUUUUCAGCCUUGCCGAUGCCAGUUGGUUUAACUCACUUGUGCAGGGAUGGAAUGAAGAUCAGGAUCAGGCUGACAGUGCAGAGUUCUUGCACAUGCUGUCAAGCUGGAUUGUGCCACCGGCCCUCUCCAACUGCUGGGAGCGACGUGUGCACCUGGGGCAAAAGACCGAGCUUCAUGACUCUGGGGAUCUGUACAUGCCGUUGACAUUGCAGUUUGCCCCACAUAUGGUUGACCUUGCAGAAGUCCAUCUGACCACCUUGCUGAGGUGGUGGAGCACAGAUCUUGGAAUGCAGGCGGGUUUGACUGAUCCACAGGACCUGCUUUUACUUCACAUUGAUCGUCUGGUGCAGAAUUCCUCGGGGGUACUUCGAAAGUGCACGGCAGCUUUGCGGUGUUUCAUCAGGGAAUCACCUGCCUCUGGCUAUGCAAAACCGAAUGCCUUGAACUGCAUCGGCUGCCCAGCCUACAGCCGCCAGAGCACGGCACAGAUGUUUCGUUGCUGGCACUGCUGCAAAGUCAGCCAGACCCUGAACCGUGAGGAUCGCCUCAGCCUAGUCGGCGAGAAUAACAGCCAUUUUGGCAGAUUGGAUUUCCCGGACGCUUUUGACAUCAGUUUUCACCACGGCAUUUUGCUAAG